AUGCUUUGGGAGGGCGUGGUUCCCAGCGCACAAGUCAGGGGAGACGUGUACCGAAAUCGUGAAGAGUGGGAGGCGGCCUGGGCAUCCGAGCAACAGCGAAUGCGGGCAUUGGCCGAGCAGGCCCGAGAGGAGUACGACUCCGGCCAGCAAGCUCCUGGAGUGGCAAGCGGUCAGCUGAUGGCCCACCUGAGUUUUCUGGCUGGCACGGAGCUGAAAGCUCCCGCCUACUUCGCUUUCCAGAAGGCGGAGGAGCGGCUUGCGCCUCGGGUCGGCGAGGACCUCCUGGCAGCGCUCGGCGCAGGGUUGGUCCUUUUGGAGCAGGUGGUUGCUGAUGGUCUCGGUGUGAACAACCUGAAGGUGACCCUAAGGUCGCUGUCCUCCGAAACCCUGCAGAUCGCCCUGCGCAGGGGAACCAUCUUUCAGCAGAAGACCUGGAAUCACAGGCAAAACUUGGUAACGGGUGUGGACUACGUGCUUGAAGUUCCGGCCGGAGGACGCGUAACGAAAGAAGUGCUUGGUUUUUCCCUGAACUUCACCUGUCCGCCACCACGCAGUGAUGAAAUGCAUGUAACCGAGUUCUAUUUUGACGUGGAGCGUGUUCUUGGAAGUCAAGCUCUCAUUUGGGAUCACAUGCAAGCCGUGUUUCACAAGUAG